CUACCCUACUGUCGCUGUGUGUCCGCACCUCUGUCAUGUCGGCAGUACAGUGCUCCGCUUCUCCGACCUCCUCCUCGGGGUCGGUCCCAGGCAUGUCUAUGUUUCGCUGGCUUGAGGUGCUGGAGAAGGAAUUUGACAAGGCAUUCGUAGAUGUAGACUUGCUACUGGGGGAGAUUGACCCAGACCAGGCCGACAUCACGUAUGAGGGCCGGCAGAAAAUGACCAGUCUGAGCUCCUGCUUCGCACAAUUGUGUCACAAAGCGCAGACUGUCAGUCAGAUCAACCACAAACUGGAGGCACAACUGGUUGAUCUAAAGUCAGAGCUGACGGAAGCUCAAGCAGAAAAAUCAGUGUUGGAUAAGGAGGUGCACGACCAGCUUCUGCAGCUACACGCGGUACAAUUACAGCUGCACUCAAAGUCCGGCCAGAGUGUGGACUCCGGGGCUAUCAAAGCUAAACUGUCUGUCCCUUCUAUGGAAAUAAUGGAAAAGGAACUUGAAGCAAACAAAAAAGAAAAGGUGAAAGAAGCUCAGUUGGAAGCAGAAGUAAAAUUACUCCGGAAAGAAAACGAGGCACUGAGACGGCACAUUGCAGUUCUUCAGGCUGAGGUGUAUGGGGCCAGACUGGCAGCCAAGUACUUGGAUAAAGAGUUGGCAGGAAGAGUUCAGCAGAUUCAGUUGCUGGGCCGAGACAUGAAAGGGCCAGCACAUGACAAACUGUGGAACCAGCUUGAGGCUGAAAUUCAUCUUCACCGUCACAAAACUGUCAUCAGAGCGUGUCGGGGGCGAAAUGACCUGAAGCGUCCGUUGCCAACACCUCCAGGACAUCAGGACCCAGAAUGUUUAAAGAAAAGUCAAGGAGUUGGUCCUAUUAGAAAAGUUAUUCUGGUUAAAGAAGACCAUGAAGGGCUUGGCAUAUCAAUCACAGGUGGGAAAGAACAUGGAGUUCCAAUUCUGAUCUCAGAAAUUCAUCCUGCCCAGCCUGCAGAUCGAUGUGGGGGGCUACAUGUCGGGGAUGCCAUCUUAGCAGUGAAUGGAAUUAACUUAAGAGAUGCCAAACAUAAAGAAGCUGUUACUAUUCUUUCACAGCAGAGAGGAGAAAUUGAGUUUGAAGUAGUGUAUGUUGCACCAGAGAUAGAUUCAGAUGACGAAAAUGUAGAGUAUGAAGAUGAGAGUGGGCAUCGUUAUCGGUUGUAUCUUGAUGAAUUAGAAGAUGGGGGUUCCUCCCCUGGAGCUAGUAAAAAAGACGGAAUUGGGGAUGCCAAACAAACACAAGUGUUUGACGAGAAGCCGCACAUAGCUGGACAUGAAAAUGGAGAUGUGGAUACUGCCAAUGAAUCUCUUUCAGGAGAUGCUGCCUCCAAACUAACUUACUCUUCUGAAUCCUUGUCAUAAAGGUCUCUGUAUUACCUGAGCAGCCCUAGAAGAGACCGAAGUUCACUCUAGUUGGGAGGAGGCAACUGCCAUUUGGACUAAUUAAACUCGAUCCUAAAAAGACUUGUUGCCUCAGGUGGUUUCCUCAGGGUUUCAUGGAGUAUUUUGAAGUGUGCAAAACAAUCUAUCCCUUAUCCAUAUGAGCCAUAUUUUUGACAUUGCAUGUUUUUCUAUUUUGUUUCGUACACACCAAAGCAUGUUGGUUUUCAGUUUAACACACAAGGCGGUUCAUUCUUUGUUAACUAAAGGAACACUGCUUCCACGGUGCAAUUUAAGCCUUUCCUUAACACAAGAUCAUGUAUUGAAAUUGAUAUCUCUAUAUGCGUUUAAAACUCCCAUGCUAAUUUUGACUCUAAUUUAAAAAUAAAAAAAAAAUAUAUAUUUUAUAUGCAGGUUACAUUUUUCUGCUAAGCGUACAUAAUUUUAAUUUAGAAAUUGUAUCUCAGAUCCCUAUAAUUCCAGACUACAGUUGCCUUUAAACAUGUCUUACCACAUUUCAUUGCAUUUCCGAAUAUACUUCAAGGGAAAGUCUAGUCAAAAUUAAACUUUCAUGAUUUAGAUAGAGCGGGCAAUUUUAAGCAACUUUCUAAUUUACUCCUAUUAUUAAUUUUCUUCAUUCUCUUUAUUUGAAAAAGCAGUAAUGUAAGCAUACAAAUAAAUUCAAUUACAUUCAAAUUACAUUCAAAUAAAGAUACCAAGAGAACAAAGAAAAAUUGAUGAUAGGAGUAUAUUAGAAAGUUGCUUAAAAUCGCCAUACUCUACCCGAAUCAUAAAAGUUUAAUUUUGAUUAGACUACUACUUUAACUACCAACUCUCUUUCAAGAUGUAGGUGACCCUGUCCUUUUCAUUCUAGCGCCUUUGAAAUUAUUUUCUGCUGUAUCGAUCCUGGAGAAAAGCACAUUGUCUGGUGCACUUAAGGACCACACCUAAUAUAUGAAAUCCUUGCAAGGAAUAGGAUAAGGGGUAAAACACUAGCAUAACAGAGUUCUUUAUGUUACUGCAUACAGCAUUUGUCUUUUAGAUUUGUUGCUAUAAAGAGUUUAUUAGCCCAGUGGGCAUAGCACAAUCAUAUUGUUUUUGCAUUCCUGUGCUGUAAAGGAAUUUCUGGUUCUCUGUUUUCAUAUAUUAAUUUUUUUUCUUCUUUUUUUUUUUCUAAAAAUGUAUUUUAUGAACACGUAUUUUUCCCCCUCUUAUUUUGCACAUGUUGUGUGGUUAAAGAUUACCUUUUAAAUAAUUAUAUUUUUGUCUGUGCAAUUAUAAGUACAGUGUUCUUCUCCCCAGGACAUUUUUAGCAGGUGCAGCGCCCAGCUGAUUUUAAUGACUACCUGGCUAUAAUUUUAGCCAAUAUUACAAAAAAAAAUAAAAAAAUGUAAUUUGUGCUUUUUAUAGCAGGCUACUUCAUAAUUCCACCCGUCUGGCAAAAUGUUCUGUUGAGAAUAUAUAUAAUAUAUAUACAUACAUGCAUACAUACAUAUACAGUGUGUGUGUGUAUGUGUGUGUAUGUAUAUAUAUAUAUAUAUAUAUAUAUAUAUAUAUAUAUAUAUAUAUAUAUAUGUAUAUAUAUAUGUAUGUAUAUAUAUUCAGGUCAUUCACUUGUAAUGUUACUUUAUAAUGUAACACUUGUCACUGAAAGGCUUACAUAUAUCAAUAUAUAUUUGGGGCCUAAAUCAUUUUAAACUGGACAAAAUGUUUACACCGCUUCAUCACAAGUAAUCUUUUAGGUAUAUUUAUAUCACAGUCUGCAUAAAUCCCUGCUGAUCAGACUGUUAUGUAAUACCAAAAUGGAAGCAGAAUGGCUGGAAAAAGGUUAACUGGCUGCUUAGAACAAAUGUCAUGACAAUGAAGGUCCCUUUAACAUCAUAUCAGUUGCCGUUUGUUCCAAAUGUAAUAUAAGGAUCUUUUUUGUCCUUACCAGCUGCACUAUAUUUGUUUAAGAGCUUUGAAAUGUAUAUACUUGCUAAAUUGCUAUUUAUAAACUACUUUUUUUUCCUCUACAUGUUCUCUGUGGUGUCAUGUAAUCAAACUGUAUAUGUUAAAUACAUUUUAUACUGUAUUUUUAGGUUCUGUAUUUUAAUUCAUACUGUAUCAUUAUCAUAUCCAGUAACAUAGUGAUUACAAUGUGCAUACCAUUCAUAUACAACCUGUGUAUUUGGUUGUCAGAAGAUACUAUGCCACACAGUUAUAGCUAGAAAAAAAGCCUUAUUUCUUACCUUUCCAGUACUAUUUUGAUUUGAUUUUUUACUAAGCAAAGCAAAUAUAUGAGCUUUAGAAAAAUAUGUAGUUCCGAAAGGUCUGAAAAAGUAUGACUGUUCCGAAAAGAAUAUGGGUGUGUUUUUUUUUUUUAUGCAAACAUCCUAUAUAAUUACACAGCUUUGAAGUACAUGCACUAAAACAAUGGUUAUGUUAACAUGUCUUGAGGCUCAGGCCAUGUGCAUAUUGGUGAUGCCACCCUUAACUCUAGCAUUGUCUAGAUAGACCAUUGCCAAUACUUUGCUAGCACACAAAAUCUCUUAAAUCUCUAUUUCAACGAAUCCAAUCACAGUAAAUAACAAAUUUACAUUUUAACAGUAAACCGUCUUGUAAAAACAUGGUACUAUGUUUGUGUACUUGCAUUUAUGACUUGUACUUUGUUAGUUGGAGUACCUUCAGUUAAAACACAGUUAUAAAUAAGAGCAAAGAAAUUUGUGUGAUAACACGCUGAAGUAGAGAUGUUUUUUGUAUUGUUUAGUGGACAGGAUAACUCAGUUGAGAUACCCUUUUUAAUGGUUUUUCUUCUUCACAGUUGUAUGCAAACUUGUAUUCAGAGGCAUUAUUUAUUGUAUGUUAUAGUCAUGUUUAUUUUUUUUAUAUUUUUUUGUUGGUCCCAUGCUGCAAAAUUUCAGCUAUGUUUUAUGUCCAGUCAAUUUUGUUUCACACUUUUUUAAAUAAUGUAAAUAAAUAUACUACUGGACUA